ACUUGCCUCGGGUCGCAGCUAAGUGACGUCAGGAAGACGUCUCUGUAAUUAUACGUCAUGCGAAGUGAAACGACUUUACCCUUCAGACCUUUGAAACCCUCCUACAACACGCGGGUCAACUCUGAUAUUUAAACUAAUCUAUGUCGAUUAUAUGUUUUUAAUCUUAAAUGCACAUUCUCUAGCUUAAAAAAAAUGGUGCUGGCAGCUUCACGGAGCAGGUCAGUCGUUUUUCUUAAAUGCAACAUGCUGUGUUCACCCAGGACUCCAUGUUUGUGGUUUUCAACUGAUGACAGUGUUUUAGCUGAGCAAAGGAAACCACAGUCAAAGCCCCAGCAGAGAAAGAGUCAGAAGGAACCUCCCUGUUCGUGGGAGGAGAGGCUGGCGGAUGUGGUCACCCCUCUGUGGAGGCUCAGCUACGAGGAGCAACUUGAGCUCAAGCAAAACCACCAGCUGAGGAUCCUGUCACAGCUCUCCGGGCAUCAAUCACAGUCCUUCUCCCCUGCGAGAGGUAGACUCAGCUUCCCCGUCCUCUCCAUCCUGCCCUCCCCGGUGAGGGACGGCUACCGCAACAAGUCCACGUUUUCUGUCAACAGAGGAGUGGAUGGAAACCCAAAGACGGUGGGCUUCUACGUGGGCACAGGCCGGCAGGGGAACAUCGUCUGCGUCAAUGGAGACCACCUGCUCAACAUCCCGGAGAAGCACAAACAAGUGGCCAGAUGCUACCAGGAGUUCAUCCGCCUAUCCCCCUUAGAGCCCUGCCUGCAGUUCCACACCGGGGGGCACUGGCGAGAGGUCACAGUGAGGACCAACACGAAGGGCCACACCAUGGUUAUAGUCUACUUCCAUCCGCAGAGUCUCACUCAAGAGGAGAUGGCGGUACAUAAGGCUGACCUGAUGGGUCACUUCACGCAGGGUCCUGGGUCAGUGUGUCAGCUGGAUUCACUGUUCUUCCAGGAGAGUAGCAUGACUCGCUGCACUCAUGAGGAAUCUCCCUACCAGCUGCUGCAUGGUCAGCCACACAUAUACGAGGAGUUGCUGGGAUUCAAGUUCCGCAUCUCUGCUGAUGCCUUUUUCCAAGUGAACCAGGUGGCUGCUCAGGUGCUCUAUGGAACAGUGAGAGACCUGUGUGUCCCAAACACAGAGGAAAGCAGAGAAAGAAGGACACUUGGUGGUUCUCUUUUAGACGUGUGCUGUGGGACAGGUGCUAUUGGCAUUACCAUAUCACCCAGAGUGGAAAAAGUUAUUGGUAUAGAGCUCAUAGAACAGGCAGUGGAAGAUGCAAGACACAAUGCAGCUUUCAAUAACGUCCCGAACUGUGAGUUUAUUCCUGGUAAGGCAGAGGUGGUGCUUCCUGGACUCAUGUCACAGCUCAGCUCCACAGGUGGAGGCCUCACAGCUGUGGUAAACCCUGCUCGGGCUGGCCUGCACCCCAGAGUGGUCCGAGCGUUACGAAACCAGCCUUCUAUUCGCCGUCUGGUCUACGUCUCCUGUAAACCACAAGGAGAGGCUAUGAGGAACUUCAGGGAGCUGUGCUGUGAACCCGACCCGCAGAAGAAACUCACAGGAGACGCGUUCUCUCCUACUCUGGCUGUGCCUGUGGACAUGUUCCCACACACUCCUCACUGUGAACUGGUGCUCCUUUUUGAGCGCUAGCAAAUGUGUCACACUCAAAGGUUUAAUGGGUUUAAUCUUUCACCAACAACGCUGCUUUAGAAGGAGAACACGGGGUUGAAUAAUGAUUUACAUUUGCUAGAUGAUAAUAGAGGUGUUUGUUACCACCACUAUCUACACACAGAGUGUUUUUUUACAUGAUUAAACCUCCUUUCAGA